UGCAAGAGUUGGGUCCCAAGCAUUGAACUCAGGUUGUCGGUCUUGGCUGUAAGUACCUUUACCUAUCACAGAGCCAUCACACCAGAUCCCAAAUGCUCACAUCUUGUCCCUAACGGAUUAGCUGUGUGUCUACAAAACUAAGUCUCCUCAGUUGGCCUCGUCUGAAAUCAUUGACAAAUUCCACAGGGCCGGUAUGGCAGUCGGCCCUGUCCAAGGUCCCGAAAAUGCCUGCAGUGUAAGGUAUCUCUGCAGAUACCGGAGACUUUCUGCUCCAGCCAAGAAGCCUCAGGAUCUUUGAAACCUGGGCGUAAAAGAGGCAAAACUCAUCCCAGACUAAACCCCUGUUAAUUUUUCUUUUCUUUUUUGAAGCAGAGAACCAGAGGCAGCUGAGCAGCGUAGAUAUGAUUGUACUCUUUCAUUGGAGGCAGGAUGAAUUUAAAAAGAGGUUCUGCUGAAGAGCCACCUAUCCUGGAGUAGAUAGAAAUGGGUACUAGAAUGAAUUCUGCCAUUCAUUGGCAUUCAUGGGCAGUCAUUUUCUGUCUUGGUGCUUAGUUUUUUCAUUUAUGAAAUGAAAACUGCAAUAGAUAAGACAAACAGUUCUUCUGCCCGGGAUUUUGAGGACUCGAGUCAGGAACCAGAGUGACUGUAAAGCUAUUUCCUUUACACUUGAUGGUAUGCUUAGAUCUCCCAGAUGCAAAGGGUCCAAACCUCAGAUGUCACUGUCUGCAGCGUGUCUGGACUCUAGGGUUGCUGAGGGUUCCCAGGGUAUUCAAGCUCCCGGGGGAGGGGCUGGAGAGGAGGAGGAGCACAGAAGAGCACGUCAGGGCUGGAAAGCCUCCAAAAGCAAUCCUGGAUUAGGAGAUUAGACACUCCCGACCCAGGAGAAAAUCUGAUCCCCAACCGGCAGGCGGCCUCAUUUCCCCCUUCCCCCAUCCUGUUUCUGGCCAGCCUGGGGCCAGCGUACCCUCCCUAGGGGCUGCACCAUCUCGGGUGAAAAGGUGGUGUUGCUGAACCUCACUACUGCCUGCAGCUCACUGUGCUUCAUCCAUAAAUCCUCCUACAUCAGAAAGCCCCCGUCUGUGGUGUGGGCUCCAGGGACGUGUCUUGGGGUAGGAUGCUGAGACUCCAGCCAGCCUGAGCACCAUGAGAGAGUUCUCUACAACUCUUCUAGUGGCAACCACCGGUUUAAAAACAGGAUGGGCCAGACAGAUCCAUUGACCUGAGGCCCCUGGGGCAGCACAGGGCCUCACUGAUGGGGGGUCCUGGGUUCCAUCUUCCUUCAACUCCAACCUCUAGGACAGAGGUUUGGGAAUGGGUCGGUUUUCCUUCCAGGCCUUGCCUCACCAGUUUUGUAGGCAGGCUCCCUGGGGCCCUUAUAUUUUACAGUGCCCGCCCCUGCCGCCUCAGUUCCCCACAUCUUCCCUCCAGGGGUCACCUCGGACCCCCAGUCAGGCAGCCGCUGCGGGGCCGCCUCCCUGCGGCCGCGACCUAGUUCCCUGCCGUUAUUUUUAGGGCGCGGGAUGGCACCUGCCCACGUGCCGGGCCCCGCCUGCGCCGGAGAGUGGGGGGGGGGGGUUGCUUCUGCUCUAGGAAGCAAGGGCCGCGGCUCCCGCAGCACCCCCUCCAUCCCACCCGCACAAGCCCCCAGUUUUCCGGCGAGGGGGACACUGGAGUUCUCUGUCCGCUCCUCAUCCCUUCUCCUCCCUCCCUUCGGCUCCCCCCCCAAAAAACCCGCCAGUGGCUCACGCCUCCUGCAUACGGGAUGAGGUGAGCAGCGCCGCUGCUGAGAGGGGGCGCGCGCGGGUGUGAGCGUGUGUCCGUGUGCGAGUGUGUGUGCGCCGGGCGGGCGGGCACUGCAGCUUCUUCCUCCGUGGAGCGGAGAGCGAGCGAGAGAGCUCGAGCAAGCCAGCGGCAAAGGCGGGCAGAGGGGCGCAGGCAAAGCGAGGCAGCCAUCCCGGAGCCGGCGCCGCGCAGCCACCAUGCUCAACAACCUGACGGACUGCGAGGACGGCGAUGGGGGAGCCAACCCGGGUGAUGGCAACCCCAAGGAAAGCAGUCCCUUCAUCAACAGCACUGACACAGAGAAGGGAAAAGAGUACGAUGGCAAGAACAUGGCCCUGUUUGAGGAGGAGAUGGACACCAGCCCUAUGGUGUCCUCCCUGCUCAGUGGGCUGGCCAACUACACCAACCUGCCCCAGGGAAGUAGAGAGCAUGAAGAAGCGGAGAACAAUGAGGGUGGAAAAAAGAAGCCGGUGCAGGCCCCACGCAUGGGCACCUUCAUGGGCGUGUACCUCCCGUGCCUGCAGAACAUCUUUGGCGUCAUCCUCUUCCUGCGGCUCACUUGGGUGGUGGGCAUCGCUGGCAUCAUGGAGUCCUUCUGUAUGGUCUUCAUGUGCUGCUCCUGUACGAUGCUCACAGCCAUUUCCAUGAGUGCAAUCGCAACCAAUGGUGUUGUGCCUGCUGGUGGCUCCUACUACAUGAUUUCCAGGUCUCUGGGCCCAGAGUUUGGGGGUGCCGUGGGCCUCUGCUUUUACCUGGGCACUACCUUUGCUGGGGCUAUGUACAUCCUGGGCACCAUCGAGAUCCUGCUGGCUUAUCUCUUCCCAGCCAUGGCCAUCUUCAAGGCAGAAGAUGCCAGUGGGGAGGCAGCGGCCAUGUUGAACAAUAUGCGGGUAUAUGGCACCUGUGUGCUUACCUGCAUGGCCACUGUGGUCUUUGUGGGUGUCAAGUACGUCAACAAGUUUGCCCUGGUCUUUCUGGGUUGUGUCAUCCUCUCCAUCCUGGCCAUCUAUGCAGGGGUCAUCAAGUCUGCCUUCGACCCACCCAAUUUCCCGAUCUGUCUCCUGGGGAACCGCACGCUGUCUCGCCAUGGCUUUGAUGUCUGUGCCAAACUGGCUUGGGAAGGAAAUGAGACAGUGACCACACAGCUCUGGGGCCUUUUCUGUUCCUCCCGCUUCCUCAACGCUACCUGUGAUGAGUACUUCACCCGAAACAAUGUCACCGAGAUCCAAGGCAUUCCUGGUGCUGCCAGUGGCCUCAUCAAAGAGAACCUGUGGAGUUCCUACCUGACCAAGGGGGUGAUUGUGGAGAGGCAUGGGAUGCCGUCAGUGGGCCUGACAGAUGGCACCCCUAUCGACAUGGACCAUCCCUAUGUCUUCAGUGACAUGACCUCUUAUUUCACUCUGCUUGUUGGCAUCUACUUCCCCUCAGUCACAGGGAUCAUGGCUGGGUCCAACCGGUCUGGAGACCUGCGGGAUGCCCAGAAGUCCAUCCCUACCGGAACCAUCCUGGCCAUUGCCACCACCUCUGCUGUCUACAUCAGCUCUGUUGUUCUGUUCGGGGCCUGCAUUGAGGGGGUCGUCCUGCGGGACAAGUUCGGGGAAGCUGUGAAUGGCAACCUGGUGGUGGGCACUCUGGCCUGGCCAUCUCCUUGGGUCAUUGUCAUCGGCUCUUUCUUCUCCACCUGUGGGGCUGGACUGCAGAGCCUCACAGGGGCCCCACGCCUGCUUCAGGCCAUCUCUCGGGAUGGCAUAGUGCCCUUCCUGCAGGUCUUUGGCCAUGGCAAGGCCAAUGGAGAGCCAACCUGGGCACUGCUGCUGACUGCCUGCAUCUGUGAGAUUGGCAUCCUCAUCGCCUCUCUGGACGAGGUCGCCCCCAUCCUUUCCAUGUUCUUCCUCAUGUGCUACAUGUUUGUGAACUUGGCUUGUGCGGUGCAGACGCUGCUGAGGACACCCAACUGGAGGCCACGCUUUCGCUAUUACCACUGGACUCUCUCCUUCCUGGGCAUGAGCCUCUGCCUGGCCCUCAUGUUCAUUUGCUCCUGGUACUAUGCGCUGGUAGCCAUGCUCAUCGCCGGCCUCAUCUAUAAAUACAUCGAGUACCGGGGGGCAGAGAAGGAGUGGGGCGAUGGGAUCCGAGGCCUGUCUCUCAGCGCUGCUCGCUAUGCUCUCCUGCGCCUGGAGGAAGGACCUCCGCACACCAAGAACUGGAGGCCCCAGCUGCUGGUGCUGGUGCGUGUGGACCAGGAUCAGAACGUGGUGCACCCCCAGCUGCUCUCCUUGACCUCUCAGCUCAAGGCAGGGAAGGGCCUGACCAUUGUGGGCUCUGUCCUGGAGGGCACCUUUCUGGACAACCACCCUCAGGCUCAGCGGGCAGAGGAGUCUAUCAGGCGUCUGAUGGAGGCUGAGAAGGUGAAGGGCUUCUGCCAGGUGGUGAUCUCCUCUAACCUGCGCGAUGGAGUGUCCCACCUGAUCCAGUCUGGGGGCCUCGGCGGGCUGCAACACAACACUGUGCUAGUAGGCUGGCCUCGCAACUGGCGGCAGAAGGAGGACCACCAGACAUGGAGGAACUUCAUCGAACUGGUCCGGGAAACCACAGCUGGCCACCUGGCCCUGCUGGUCACCAAGAAUGUGUCUAUGUUUCCUGGGAACCCUGAGCGCUUCUCCGAGGGCAGCAUCGAUGUGUGGUGGAUCGUGCACGAUGGGGGCAUGCUCAUGUUAUUGCCCUUCCUGCUGCGCCAUCACAAGGUGUGGAGGAAAUGUAAGAUGCGGAUCUUCACUGUGGCCCAGAUGGACGACAACAGCAUCCAGAUGAAGAAAGAUCUGACCACGUUUCUGUAUCACUUACGCAUUACGGCAGAGGUGGAGGUGGUGGAGAUGCAUGAGAGCGACAUCUCGGCAUACACCUAUGAGAAGACGCUGGUAAUGGAGCAGCGCUCUCAGAUCCUCAAGCAGAUGCACCUAACCAAGAAUGAGCGGGAGCGGGAGAUCCAGAGCAUCACAGAUGAGUCUCGGGGCUCCAUUCGGAGGAAGAAUCCCGCUAACACUCGGCUCCGCCUCAAUGUUCCCGACGAGACAGCUGGCGAUAGUGAGGAGAAGCCAGAGGAGGAGGUGCAGCUGAUCCAUGACCAGAGUGCUCCCAGCUGCCCCAGCAGCUCGCCGUCUCCAGGGGAGGAGCCUGAGGGGGAGGGGGAAACAGACCCAGAGAAGGUGCAUCUCACCUGGACCAAGGACAAAUCAGUGGCAGAGAAGAAUAAAGGCCCCAGUCCUGUCUCCUCCGAGGGCAUCAAGGACUUCUUCAGCAUGAAGCCGGAGUGGGAAAACUUGAACCAGUCCAACGUGCGGCGCAUGCACACGGCUGUGCGGCUGAACGAGGUCAUCGUGAAUAAAUCCCGGGAUGCCAAGCUAGUCUUGCUCAACAUGCCUGGGCCUCCCCGCAACCGCAAUGGUGAUGAAAACUACAUGGAAUUUCUAGAGGUCCUCACUGAGCAACUGGACCGGGUGAUGCUGGUCCGCGGUGGCGGCCGCGAGGUCAUCACCAUCUACUCCUGAGGGCCAGGACCUGUCACGCCGGCCCGAGCGCGCCCGGCCCGCGGCCCCGGAGCCCUCGCCGCGCCACCCCGCCGCUGUCACCGUUUACAUAAGACCCUGUGCCCGUGUCCUGGCCCCUUUCCCCGCUGCCUGCAGCCCGGAGGCCGCACCCGUCGGGGCUGACUCUGAGGGCGGCCCAUGGGCCCCUUUUCUGAGCCCGGCCUCGCCCCGCCGGAGCAGACGCUGCAAUAAAGGUGGCGAGGCAGCGUGGAGAGAAGCGGAACCAUGGUCCCGGGCCCGUCCCUCCCCACGCCCCGCCGCGUUCCCCCGGGACCCUGGUCGCCGAGCCCGGGCGCCGGCCGGCCGCGCUAUACAUAGUGUACAGGAGACAUCGCGUGUAUUUUUAAUGUCCCCAUAUUUCUGUAACUAGAAGCGCAACGGACUCCUCGCCACGGCCGCGCUCUCCCGCUGCGGGCGCCCUGGGACGGAGAAGCCCCGGGAGCCAGAUUUCCCUGCGCGCCGGAGCUGAGAGCCAAGUGCUUUAAGGCCUGCGCUCUCUCCCUUCCCUGUCCACGCCCUGCGUCUCCCUCUCUUCCCUCCAGUUCUUGGCAAACACAGGUGAGACGGCGGCCGGCUUCGGUGGAUGCGAGCUUUCUGGCGGCCAGGAGAGGGAGUCGUCGUCUCUCCAGGGGGAGAAAACGAGGCCGGCGUCCACCGAGGAAGCCCCGCCCGGUGCCUUCGCGGAGGAAAAGGCGUCUCUCCUCUGUUGGCUUGCCGCCUGCUUCCCAUGUCCCGUGGCUCCUCGCCAAAGACUGAAUUCGUGGAGCUGGAGGGCACCUCCUCCCCAGUUUCCGCCUUGGGACAGGCGAGGGCCAGGGCCGUGGGGCCAAUUCCAGUCUAGAGGCUGACUCACCAGGAGGCCUGGGCAGCCUCUGCGGUUCCCUUCCUUGGUCCCCAUCUGCAGGUCCUGCCUGGGGACCCAGCUGUCUCUUGAGUGCUCUGGAGCUGGGCCUUGCUGCCUAGCAGCAGGUCCUUAGCUAAGUCUCCUAGACACCAAGUUCUGGAGUAGGGCCGGAGUCACGUGGGCUCCGUUGUUCCUUGCGCUUCUCUGCCCUCUUCUGACUUGGACCCAAGGCCUUUGGCUUCCCUAACUCGUCCUUGGCGCUUCCGCAACACCAGCCCCACUUGUGGGGAGGUGCCCUCAGCCCUUAGAAAGGCAUUUGGCCGGUUCCCUUCCCCUAGGGCACGUUACUAAGGGGAUAGGCACUGCAUGCUCCUUUAAGCGCCCUCUGGGACUGGGUACAGUGCCUCCAGCCCCAGGGCCCUGACCUGCGCACCUAGUUAGAUAUCCUGCCCACUCCAGGGCCGGGGCCACUAGCUGACCUCACCACCUCCUUUCCCUUGAGCCCAAAGCAGAGAGCUGCAGCUGGUGCCGUCCAGACAAGGUCAGGUGUGGCCAGCGGCGGGGCUGGAGGUCUGCUGCUCGGCUGCACGGCCUAAGACCCCUCUGAGAUUUGAUGGGGGACUGGAUAUUCUUCCAGCCAGUAGCCAUUCAGUUGGAAGUGUAAGACCCAGGAUCUGUCAUCCUUCAAGACUGCUCUCCCUUGCUAUGGGUCUUGCCUUUUGGGGCAAGAGAGGGGCUGCGCAGAAGGGGAGGAGGCUGUAUCAACACCAAUUAGGGAACCAAAGUUGUACACUACCUGGGCCCAGACUCUCUGGUUGGCAAAGGCAAAGUUUCCAUUGAUGAAAACAAACAUCCCACAUCAAAACACAAGUUUUCUGUGCUCCAUGUGCAAUAUUUGUUAUGAACCUUGUGUCGUUAAAGUCACCUUUAAAUCACUGUAGCUAGAUGUUCCAUGUCCAUCCGGGUGACUUUCACUGAGUGCAAUAUUUCAAUAGCCUGGUAGUGAGAACGAGUGUCGCUUUUCUUUCAGCCGACCUAUGUGCAGGGCAAUGCAAUGCAGUCCAAAACCCUUGUAAAUAGGAGAGGUUGCAAGCCAAAUCAAGAGUAUUUAUCGUUAUUACUAUUAUUAUUAGGCCUGCCUUUAAUUUUAGUGUUUUGGUAUUUCGCAUCCUGCCUCGGUAUUGAUCUUGUGUUUUUUGUGCCAAUAUGCAAAGGAGAGGGUCGGUUCUUUCCUUUACUGUUGAAUGCUCCCAUUUAAUGCUUUAAGGCUUUUACUGUGUUAAUUUUUUAGAUACCUGUCUGCACACAAUGCAAUAAAAAUAAUUUUAUUACACCCUU